AGGAAAAACUAUUCAUGUGUUGCAUUGGCAUGAAUGUACCUGAAAAUAACCCGGACAUGUUACCGUUAAUAAACUAGAUUGAAUAAAACAUCGACAAAUCCGAAGAUUGAAAUGGAGGUUUGGUUUUUGGGUCAAUAAGAAACGCAUAACAUCAUCGUUCUAACAUUAACAGCGCCCACUGACGACUCAUCUUACUUAUUUGUUGUGGCAGCAUGCUUAUUGGUGUUUGUUAUUACUGAAGAUUCUGUGCAAAAUGGAUGAUUUGGUUUCAAGUUGUAAGGAAAAAUUGCAAUAUUUUCGUGUAAAGGAUCUCAAAGAUGUGCUUACUCAGAUAGGAAUUUCGAAGCAGGGAAAGAAGCAGGAUCUUAUCGAUAGGAUAUUAUCUAUCAUCUCAGAUGAACAAGUUGCUAAAGUACGGGCUAAGAAGAAUGCUGUUGAAAAAGAACAAGUGGUAAAAUUAGUGGAGGACACAUAUAGAAAACUGCAGGUAUCUGGAGCCACUGAUAUAGCAUCAAAGGGGCAGGUUGCUUCAGACAGCAGUAAUGUGAAAAUUAAAGGUGAAGUUGAGGAUUCCGUUCAAUCAGCUACAAAGGUUCGAUGUCUCUGUGGAAGUUCAUUGGAAACAGAUCUAUUGAUCAAGUGUGAAGAUAGAAAAUGCCCUGUGUCGCAACAUCUCAACUGCGUUAUUAUUCCGGAUACACCCACUGAAGGACUCCCGCCAAUCCCAGAUACAUUUUAUUGUGAAAUAUGUCGUCUCAGUCGUGCAGACCCGUUCUCGGUUUCAAUGAUGCACCCUUUACAUCCGGUGAAGUUGUCUACAACCCUUGUCCCAACUGAAGGAUCCAACCCCAUGCAGAGUGUUGAGAAAACAUUUCAACUUGCAAGAGCACACAAGGACAUAGUAUUAAAAUCAGAAUUUGAUAUUCAGGCUUGGUGCAUGCUUCUGAACGACAAAGUUCCAUUCAGGAUGCAAUGGCCACAAUAUGCAGACCUAGUUGUAAAUGGCUAUUCUGUUCGUGCAAUUAAUAGACCCGGUUCACAAUUGCUUGGGGCUAAUGGUCGCGAUGAUGGCCCAAUUAUCACACCAUAUAUAAAAGAAGGAGUUAACAAGAUUUCUUUGACGGGGUGUGACACUCGCAUUUUCUGUUUGGGGGUCCGCAUUGUUAGAAGGCGCACUUUGCAACAGAUCUUGAACAUGAUUCCAAAGGAGUCUGAUGGUGAGCGUUUUGAAGUUGCUCUUGCUCGUGUCUGUUGUCGUGUUGGCGGUGGAAAUUCAGCUGAUGAUGCUGGUAGUGACAGUGAUCUGGAAGUAGUUUCAGAUACUUUUAGCAUCAGCCUUCGUUGUCCAAUGAGUGGUUCAAGAAUGAAGAUUGCAGGAAGAUUCAAACCUUGUGUUCACAUGGGUUGUUUUGAUCUUGAAGUUUUUGUGGAAAUGAAUCAACGCUCAAGAAAGUGGCAAUGCCCCAUAUGUCUCAAAAACUAUGCACUGGAGAAUAUCAUUAUUGAUCCUUAUUUCAAUCGCAUCACUUCUAUGAUGAAAAACUGUGGGGAGGAGUUUACAGAUGUGGAGGUGAAGCCUGAUGGUUAUUGGCGUGUCAAGGCUAAGAGUGAAAGUGAAUGCCGUGAGUUGGGGAAUCUUGCUAAAUGGCACUGUCCUGACGGAUCGCUCCCUGUUUCUACCAGUGGAGAAGACAAGAGAGUGGAAACUUUGAAUGUCAAACAGGAAGGUGUUUCAGACAGUCCUAAUGGCUUAAGACUUGGCAUUAGGAAAAACUGUAAUGGAGAUUGGGAAGUCAGCAAACCCAAGGACACAAACAUCUCUUCUGAUAAUAGGUUGAAUGCUGAUUUAGGAAAUCAUGAAGUUGUAGUUAUUCAAAUGAGCAGCAGUGGCUCUGAAAGUAGAUUGGAUGGUGAUGAUCCAAGCGUAAAUCAGAGUGGUGGUGGGCAUACAGAUUAUUCUCCUACUAAUGGGAUUGAGACGAAUUCUGUGUGUCACACUAAUGUUGAUUCAACUUAUGGAUAUACCAUUCCUAACACUUCUGCUCCGAUGGCUAAUGCAGAAGUUAUUGUUCUUAGCGAUUCUGAAGAUGAUGAAAUAUUAAUAUCUCCUACAGUUGGUUACGGAAAUAAUCAAACUGGUGAUGCAGUUGAUGCUUACUCAGUGCCUCCGCCUGGAAUUAUGGAUCCAUAUGCUGGAGAUCACAGUAUUGGUGGAAAUCCAUGCUUGGGAGUUUUUGAUAAUCCCAAUGAAAGCAUUUUUGGGAUUCCCUCAGUCUGGCCACUGCAUUCUGGAACUCAGGCAAGCUCGGGAUUCCAACUAUUCAGUUCUGAUGUGGAUGUGUCUGAUGCAUUGGCCCAUGGUGAUAUUAAUUGCUCCUCUUCACUGAAUAGUUAUACGUUGGCUCCUGACACUGCUCUGGGAUCUAGUGCUCUAAUACCAAAUUCAUCCACUGAUCGGUCCGACACUGAUUUAAAUGGUGGUUUGGUUGACAAUCCAUUGGCAUUUGGUGGACAGGAUCCCUCACUUCAGAUUUUUCUCCCUACAAGACCAGCAGAAUCAUCUGUGCAGCAUGAAUUAAGAAAUCACACAGAUGUGUCGAAUGGUGUCUGCACAGAGGAUUGGAUCUCUCUUAGCCUUGGGGGUGGGGCUGGUGGCAGUAUUGGUGAUGCUUCAACAACAAAUGGUUUGAACUCCAGACCGCAAAUUCAAUCCAGAGAAGAUGCGCCAGAUUCUUUAACAGAUUCUUUAAAUGAGGCUGAUUUGUUACUUGCUGAGACUGCUUCUUUGCUUCGUAGUGUGGAUGAUGCUGAAUCUGACAAAGCAAGUAGGAAAAGAUCAGACGGCCCUUUCUCAUUUCCCCGCCAAAAACGUUCAGUAAGGCCCCGCUUGAAUCUUUCUAUUGGUUCAGAUUCAGAGUAGAGGGUAUUACACCUCUAUUAGCUUUAGACGCCCUUACCGCUACAUUUGUACCUAGAAACUGAAGAAAGUUAGAGCAGCAUUUUUAGUCCUCAGGAAGUGAAAACUGUUGUCUUCUGAAACAUCUAUGGUGUAGCCGCGCUACAAAAUUUUCGCCGCAAAAUCCUGUUCCUGUAGGGUGUCAUUACCCUACAGGAACAGAAAGAUGUUGGCUGCAAUUGUCCUCAGUUAUUUAUGCAGAUAUAAUCAGAGUUGUCCUAAUGACACAUGAUAGUGCUGCUUUUGUGUAGAUGGGCAUUCAGAUUUGAUAGUUCAAAUUAUUAUAUCUGCAAUUUUGUCUCUGCUGCUGAUAGCAAUUAACCAAGUUUCAGCUAAACAAAUUGAAUAGGAGAAUGAAAAAUAGUUUUAUUAUUUACAACCAGGCAGAUGCUGCUUUUCGCUUUUGUAAUAUAUAUGGUUGCUAAUAUUUUGUAAUAUAUUUAGGCACUAGAUAGAGUGGUCUCCUGGAUUAGCAAAUUUUCAUGAGGAUCAAAUCAACAUUUCCUCCUUGUAUUCAGUUUUAGCUCAACUGUGUUCUUAUUCUUUGGAACACAGGUUGAACGAGUUGAAUUGUUGUAAAAUAUAGAAGCUUAAAUGCGGUCCAAGUGUUGAGCCUUUGCGCUGAUAUGUUUAAACCAAA